AUGGGGAAGUCUCCUGGAAAAUGGAUCAAGACUGUUCUUUUUGGAAAGAAGUCAUCUAAGUCCAAUUUAUCAAAAAAUGUUAAAAUUGAGAAAAAGGCUGCUGCCAAGACACCAGCAGAAGAUCUGUCUGCAAAUUCCCUGGCAAGCUUGGAUUUGUCAAGUCAGGUUACUGAUAGAGGUCCAAAUAAUGUAGAAUUUGAGAAGGGCACAAUUGCAGGUGCUCCAUGUGAUAAUGCUGAUGUGUUAACCGUGAAUCAAGGUGUGGGUGCACAAAGUACAUUGGAUCUCAUUUCAAUUGAUACUGCUGAGUUAAGAAGGCAAGGGGAAGCUGCCACAAAAGCACAAGCUGCCUUUAGGGGAUACUUGGCUCGUCGUGCAUUUCGGGCUCUGAAGGGUAUCAUAAGGCUACAGGCCCUUAUUCGUGGACACUUGGUAAGGAGGCAGGCAAUUGCUACUUUCCGCUGCAUGCAUGCAAUUGUUAAGUUCCAGGCACUGGCUCGUGGACGUAUUGUCAGACUCUCCAGUCCUAUGCCAGGAGUGCUUAUAAAGUAUAAUUUGGGAGAAAUUCAGGUUGCUAAACGGGUGGGCGCAUUUGGAGUAAGCUCAGAGAACCUAAGAACAAAUACUUUUGCCCUUAAGCUUCUUGCCUCAUUGCCAACUACUAUGCCCUUGAGCCUUCAAUAUGAUCUGGCUGAAUCAAAUUCAGCUUGGAAUUGGCUUGAACGUUGGUCACGGUCUCACUUUUGGCAACCACCUGCUCGAGCAAAGAAAAUUGUUAACGUGAAAACUCUAAGAAAACAGGCUGGUCCACUUGCUGUUGAGGCCAAAACUGGAAAAUCAAAAAGAACUGUCAGAAAGGUUUCAACUACAGCCAAUGGGGACAACGGCGCUUUAGCAUCCACUCAUUUAGAUAAACCCAAACGCAACCCAAAGAAAGUUGUGACUCAUCCGACAGAAACAGUGCUGGAACAACCACAAAAUGAACUUGAGAGGGUUAAACACAAUUUGAGAAAGAUUUCUGCAUCCGUAGAACUGGCUUCUGAAAAGUUAGAAACCGAAACUGAGAAGUCAAACCCUAGUCUGAAAAAUGAGUCUACUUCUGCAGCUCCUGAUAUUUCUGAACAAGAGAUUGUAAAAUCUUCUGAAAACGCUUUUUCUUCAAAUGCUGUAGUUGAUGAACUGGCAUUGUCUGAAGCACCCUCACCAAUUACAGAUAAGGUGUCACAAUCUGAUCAUCCUGCUGUCCGGCCACAUUCGCCGGUAAAUGAUGUGGAGAUGGAGACAAAUCCUACUAUCAAUGAUGAAUUGGGUUCUAAGGAAGAACAGACUGGCAAGGAGAAUCAGAAAAUCAGGAGGAGGAGAUCUCUUCCAACAAAGCAUGAGUUUCCUGAGAAUGUCUCGCAGAACACCCCAAGCUUGCCAAGUUAUAUGCAAGCAACUGAGUCUGCAAAAGCAAAGCUCAGAGUGCAAGGAGCUUCAAAGCUUAGUGAUGAUGGGUCUGAAAAUGGUUCUGUCCGCCGUCAUUCUCUACCAGCCUCAGCUAAUGGCAAAUUGAAUUCAUUGUCACCUCGGGUGCAGAGGCCAGUUCAAGCUAAUGAUAAGGGUGGAAGCAAAAAUAACAAAUCCUUGAUGUCCUCUAGAGAUGACAAGGGUCUUCAGCCCGGAUGGAGGAGAUGA